CCGUGGAGGCUAGCAAGACAGUCAUCUGAAUAUUGUCUUCCUCUUUGCUGCUCAAGUGUCCCACAGCCUAAAGCAGCACAAGGGUCAUAUUGUUCAGGAUUUCAAAGAGCCAUCGUUUAUCUUUGUGGAUACAAGUAAACGGACAAUGGUGUCCCGACCAUCUGCUCCAUCUGCUUGAGAACAGUCUUCUGUGCAAAUGGCAUGAAAGCAGGGAAAAAGAGCAAUAAUCCCAACUGGCAGUCCAAAAAUAACCAGAUUGGAGGGUGGAAGGAAAAAGAAGGAAAAGGGAAGAGAAAAAUGGAGAGAACAGUCAAGCAUCAAAUAUUGGAGCUGGAAUCUGAAUUAAGGAGUGUGCAAAAAAUCUCUUCCCUCUAACUAUUGAAACAAAAUAAAAUGGAAAACUGACUGAAGGAGGCCUUUCUCUGAGAUCUGCCCAUUGCAUAGCCAUACGUAUUAGAUGACUUUGGGACUUGCUUUACAUCAACGAUGAAGGGAUUAUCUAGCAGCCGUAGUCAUCAUCAUGGGGUUGCCUGUGACCCUCCGUGUGACAGUCUGCCACACCACCCAGACAGGAAGCCAUAUUUGUUAAACCCGGUGGACCCCCAUCCUGCAGACCACCCUUACUACACUCAGAGGAACUCUUUUCAGGCAGAGUGCAUGGUGCCCUACAGCGAUCAAAUUGCCAGCAGCACAUUUCCCCGGAGACAUUACAGUUCCCACCAUGAACUCAAGGAUGAGUGUGCUCUGGUUCCCCACGGAACUGCCAACAAGACCAACCGCAUUCCUGCCAACCUUUUGGAUCAGUUUGAGCGGCAGCUGCCUCUGAAUCGGGAUGGUUACCACACUCUGCAGUACAAGCGGACUGCCAUGGAGCACCGCAGUGACAGCCCAGGGAGGAUCCGACAUCUGGUUCAUUCUGUCCAAAAGCUCUUUACCAAGUCCCAUUCACUGGAGGGACCAUCCAAGGGGAGUGUCAACGGGGGUAAAGCAAGCCCGGAGGAGUCGCAGACGAUGAGGUAUGGGAAGCGCAGCAAGAGUAAAGAAAGGCGAUCAGAAGGUAAGCCCAGAUCCAAUGCAUCAGGAUGGUGGAGUUCAGAUGACAACUUGGACAAUGAUGUUUGCAUUUAUCAUGGUCCCAGUGGGGUCAUGACCAUGGGAAGAUGCCCUGAUCGUUCUUCUUCCCAAUACUUUAUGGAAGCCUAUAACACUAUUAGCGAACAUACUGUGAAGUCAUCCAGAAGCAAUAAUGAUGUCAAAUGCUCUACCUGUGCAAAUCUGCCCAUGAAUUUGGACUCCCAGUUAAUGAAGAAAAGUUCUUGGUCCUCUACCUUAACCGUGAGCAGAGCCCGUGAAGUUUACCAGAAAGCAUCAGUUAACAUGGACCAGACAGUGGUGAAGGCAGAGACGUGUCAACAGGAACGGUCAUGUCAGUACCUCCAGGUUCCUCAAGAUGAAUGGACUGGAUUCACUCCACGAGGGAAAGAUGAUGAGAUCCCCUGCCGACGAAUGCGUAGUGGCAGUUACAUCAAAGCCAUGGGGGAUGAUGACAGUGGAGACUCAGACUCAAGUCCGAAGCCAUCUCCAAAGAUUGCUGCACGGAGAGAGAGCUAUCUCAAGGCCACCCAGCCAUCCCUUACAGAGCUCACCACUCUCAAGAUAUCCAGUGAACACUCGCCAAAGCUUCAGAUCCGGAGCCACAGUUACUUGAGGGCAGUGAGCGAAGUCUCCAUCAACAGGAGCCUGGACAGCCUGGACCCCGCAGGGCUGCUGACAUCCCCCAAGUUCCGCUCCCGCAACGAGAGCUACAUGAGAGCCAUGAGCACCAUCAGUCAGGUGAGUGAGAUGGAGGUGAAUGGUCAGUUCGAAUCCGUCUGCGAGUCGGUGUUCAGUGAACUCGAGUCUCAGGCAGUGGAGGCACUGGAUCUGCCCAUGCCAGGAUGCUUCCGCAUGAGGAGCCACAGCUACGUCAGGGCCAUUGAGAAGGGCUGCUCACAGGACGAUGAGUGCAUAUCGCUGCGGUCCUCAUCUCCCCCACGUACAACCACCACGGUGAGGACCAUCCAGAGCAGUACUGUGUCAUCCUGCAUUACCACCUAUAAGAAGACACCACCACCAGUCCCACCAAGAACCACCACCAAACCGUUUAUUUCCAUCACAGCCCAGAGCAGCACAGAGUCUGCCCAAGAUGCAUAUAUGGAUGGGCAUGGACAGAGGGGAGAUAUCAUCAGUCAGUCUGGACUUAGCAACUCCACAGAGAGCUUGGACAGUAUGAAAGCACUAACAGCUGCUAUUGAAGCUGCCAAUGCACAGAUCCAUGGCCCUGCAAGUCAACAUGUAGGGAACAAUACUGCCACCGUCACCACCACCACAACCAUUGCCACCGUUGCAGUAGAAGAUAGAAAGAAGGACCACUUCAAGAAAAACAGAUGCUUAUCUAUUGGAAUACAGGUACAAGGGAUAGAGGAAAGCUCUUCUCUGGUUACUUUUUUUUUUUUUUUUUUUUUUUUUUCCAUAGGAGUUCAAGUAGAGGAGGAGAAGUGCUUUCGCAGGUUUACACGAUCUAAUAGUGUAACAACAGCCGUGCAAGCAGACCUGGAUUUCCAUGAGAACUUUGAAAUAAUCAACCCUCAAGAGGACAAUACAUGUUCUGGACAAAUAUCAAGACAAUUUUCUCGAGAUGCAAGCACUUCUACUGUUAGCAUACAAGGGUCAGGAAACCAUUACCAUGCAUGUGCCGUGGAUGAUGACUUUGAUACAGAUUUUGAUCCAUCAAUUUUACCUCCUCCUGACCCCUGGAUUGACUCUAUCACCGAAGAUCCUCUGGAAGCUGUUCAAAGGUCAGUGUGCCCACGAGAUGGCCACUGGUUUCUGAAGCUACUUCAGGCAGAGAGAGAUCGUAUGGAAGGCUGGUGCCAACAGAUGGAGAGAGAAGAACGGGAAAACAACCUACCUGAGGACAUUCUAGGGAAAAUUCGAACUGCAGUGGGCAGUGCCCAGCUUCUCAUGGCCCAGAAAUUUUACCAGUUCAGAGAACUUUGCGAAGAAAACCUGAAUCCUAAUGCACAUCCACGGCCGACCUCCCAGGAUUUAGCAGGGUUUUGGGAUAUGCUGCAGUUGUCCAUAGAAAAUAUUAGUAUGAAAUUUGAUGAACUUCAUCAGUUAAAGGCCAAUAAUUGGAAACAGAUGGAUCCUCAUGACAAGAAGGAGAGAAGGGUCCCUCCUCCAGUGCCAAAGAAGCCAUCGAAAGGUCAGGUGCCACUCAUACGAGAACGCUCUCUGGAAAGCUCGCAGCGUCAAGAGGCCCGGAAACGGCUGAUGGCUGCCAAGCGCGCUGCAUCGGUCCGCCAGAACUCAGCUACCGAGAGCGCCGAAAGCAUUGAGAUAUACAUCCCCGAAGCCCAGACCAGGCUAUGAAGGGAUCCAACCAGGAGGACUCUCUCUGGCAAGACAAGCCUCAUGUAUAAUCUGCCCCUCUAGGCUCCUGCUCAAGGUCACUACGAAGUAUUUGUACCUCCUCCUCCUCCUCUUUCUCUCGCUCUCUCUCCCCUCCUCUCCCCCUCCCCUCUCUCUGUACGCAGCCACCCCGAUGCUCCCAGUGAACUCCACUGCCGUGGCGUAGUUGUCGGUCCUCCGAGAGAUGUCCUUUAAUCACCCUUGCUUUCUGAAAGUUCGCCCAUGUCAUCACAAUGCUUUGUCACAUGUACUGAUGCUGCCACUUUGCCUCAUGUAAACGAGUACAAUCUUUUUUUUUUUUUUCUGUUUGAAACAAAUAAAUGCAGCGCUCAGACUUCCACACACCCACGCACCUGUACAGUAGAUGCUCCGUUUAACUUACUCAUGAUCUUUAGUUGACCUAAAGCUAGUCUGUUACCCGGUGUACAGCAAUAUCAAACUGUAGGGGACUUUGGAAAUUUCAGUCAUGCAGGGUGAUCCUUUCGGACUCUGCCGUCUUCCUCACAAAAGAUGAAAGGAGCUAUGACUCGGAUUCCCUUCUUUUUAUUACUGUUUUUUUUAAAGCAGAUGGCGCACUUUAUUCUAAACCUCUGAAUCACACCUUCUCACCUGAAUUUAAGGAGUCACACAAGGGGAGGGGGCUGGGGCGGGAGUGGGGAGGGGGUAAGAAAAAAACACAGCUCUGGGAGGUGAAAAAGUGGAAGUAUAUCCCACAGGUGAGAUGGCAAGGGAUAGAAAAGAUCCUGUGGAAAGAUACCUGCACACUCACAGCUGCACAAACUGCCUCAUUUUUAUUUCAUCAAUCACUACUUAAACAUUUCAAUCAGCAGAAGAUUGUAAAUUCGAUCUUCCAGGGAAAUAAUCUAUUUUGAAAGGCAAUAAAAGAGUGAAAAGGAAGGAGAUAAGAAGCAAUGACAGUUGAAGAGAUAAAAUAAAAGAAGGAUUUUCUUGUCCAAGUAUUAAGAAUUUUUAAAAUUGUACUGUAUUGUCAUUUCCUCUUGUAUUGUAUUGUAUGGAUUAUAUUGGUUAAAAAAAAAAAAAGAAAAAAGAAAAAAAGCUUGGUUUUGUUGAUGUCUUAAUCUCGGUGGGACCAUCCGAUCUCACACGUCCACGCAGCCACACACGGACACCUGUAGGCGAAUUUCUGUACAUGGAGCCUCUGAUGCUUUUCCAGGCCAGGCUUGCUUUGCUCUAUCCACAGCCGGUUGUAUGCUACAGUUUAGACUGCUUAUCACCCAACAGUCCAUAUCUAGGAGUAAGUUUCUAAUGCAGCCUCCUCUUAAUAGUAUAAAAUACCCAUUUGAACAAGAACAAUAACGUAUUUUUCACAAGUUAUGGGAUCAAUAUGAACUUAAUUUUUUUCACAACAAGCCUUCCUACCCCAGCUUCUGCCAUUGUUUUGCAAUCACGAGAAAUAUGCAUCCCAAGUAGCUCAAUAAUAGUGGGGGGAAACGGCAGACAAUAGGGCUGGAGAGGAGCCUGAGAGGUCAGCUCCUGCCUGUCUGUCCCCCCCAGCCACCCCUGGCUGAGGCAGGAGCUUCUCCUCCAGCUCCUCUGAGGAGGAAUGAUGCUGACCACGCCGCUACCGCAGUCUCUUGUGCCAACAUUAGGAAAGCUGUGUCAGGCAUGUUGCUGAGAGCAAGCUGUGUGCGUGCGUGUGAGUGUGAGCGUGUGUGUGUGUGCGCGCACACGUGUGCCUAGCUGGCACGUGGUGCUGACAGCAGAAUUGGCAUGAACUGGUUUGGAUGAUGGGGCUGGUCUGGGGCAGAGGAGCGCUGUGUGGCCCCCGGAGCGUGCGCAGCCCCGCAGCGAUGCUUUCCGACCCUGCCGCUGGUCCCUGCGCGCCCCUUGCCCCGGCUGCCAGGGCAGGGGUACACGGGAGAGGAAGGCAGGCUGCUUUCUGCUCCCGAUGGGAACAGGCACAGGGAGAGCCCCCCCAUGGAGGGGCACAGGGUGCAGCCACUGCCACACGCCAGUGCUUGGCUGGCUGGGCCCGUAGCUGUUAAACCUGUACGGACCGUCCAACCCGUGAAAAAACCCGCUGCGCGGGUGGCAUAAUUCUGCACCUUGCACUUGAAAAGCAUUUAAAAUUGUCAUCAAAAAGUUAAGCUCUUGCUAAAACUAUUCAUCGAGAUCAUGCCAGACAGCUUCUUUUCCUACGACAUCAUAGCCAGGUGCUAAUUUAAUUUUAUUCAAGAAAAUAGGAGAGGUAAUAGGUUCUGGCACCAAGCAUUUUCAUGAAAGCAUACUAAAACCACUAGAGAAUUUGCUACCUCUCAAAGCCAUUGAUAUCUGAGCUAUGUCUUUAUAAACAGGGCACAAAUAUUUACUGCUGUGGUUUACAAGAUAAGGGCUAAUAAUUUAAUAUAUAAAAGACUUUUAACUAGCGUAAGCAGAAAUCCAGUGUAACCCUAGAGUGCUUUGUGUUACAGGAGCUUCGAAAGGUUUGACUCUCUAAGCAUUUGAAUACCAGUGUAUUUGCUAGUUUUGAAACACUGCGUUUAACUUUUAGCAGCAACGAAACAUCACCGUGUUUGCAGUAUGUAAUAGUGCCAACUGCCACUUUUGAGCAUAUAUAGUCAUAGGAAGUAUUAAUUAUUUGGAACUCAUUUGUACUGAAGUAUUCAAAGCAGUAUCCAGGUGAGAGUCCACAACUGUGUCGCAGACUUCGUUUUGUGAACGUUAUACGAAAGAUGAGUUAAGACUUUGGUUGACAAGUGGCUACAGAAAUUUAUAUCCAGCAAGGUCCCCCCUAAAAAAGCAGCAAAGCGAAGACUAUCUAGUCUUGUACACUACAAAUUACUGUAUUUGUAUAUAAUAGAAUAUUUUUCCUAUCUAUUUUAAAUGAAUUUAUUCUUAGCUGAAUGCCUGUUAGUUCAUUUGGUGCUGGAGAGGGUAUUAGAGUGUUUGCUUAGUUUUUUAGCAAAAUAUUGAAAAUACAGCCAAGACCAGAAAAUAUAAAAUAGGAUAAUUCUGCCCCUACAAUGCCACUAGUUAACCACUUGACUCAUUUACCCACACUAAUGCUAGAAUAUUUGCUCUAUCAUCUGUUUUAGUAUAAUUUGUAACUAUUUGGGUUUAGUCUAACCUGCCCAGUGUAUAUUAAACAUGCCUAUCUUCUGUUUCACUUUGGGACUUAACUAUUGCUUUUUUUUUUCCUUGGGGAAAUUUUAGAAAAUGUUGGUUUUGUCUCCUGCUUCAAAAGUUAAAAAAAAAAAAAAGAAGUAUUUAUUAUAUUUUUUGCAGAUGUUUCCAUAAAAUUCUCAUAUCUUUUUGUAAAGAAAGAUGAAGAAAUGGAUUAAAGCUUUUUAAUAUUUGAAAAGGUAAAUAGAAAUAAUUUAUUUGUAAUAUAUUUCAGUUUAUUUAUUGGUGUUCCCUUAAUGCUUUGAUGUGCACUAUCACUUUGAUUUAAACUGUAUCUUUGUGAAUUUAUUGGUUUUUUGGUUUGGGGUUUUUUCUUAAGGAAAAUGGUCAAAUGCAUAUUUUAAGUAACUGGAAUGUAAAUCACUGGCCUACCUGCAUUCCCAAAUGUGAUUUUAAAAAUGUUUAUGAUUUGAAACAAAAGACACAAAUUUGAAGGCUUUUAGACAGAGGAGAGUGUUUUUAUGGCUUAACAAUUUGAGUUUCCAUAGGAUUAUCUAUCUGGUUUGUGUGUGGACAGGAAAAUGUAAAUAGAUGAAUGUUUCCCAUAAUGUAAAAAGAGCAAAUUAAUAAAAUAAUUAAUGCACUGCU